CUUCGCCGUCCUACCUCGCGACUCACCGCAUCCACCUCCAACCAGACUCCGGAGUAGAUUUAUCUCAAGGCAAAGGCCACCGACGGGAUCAAGAUGAUCGACCACGCCAUUUUCGAAGACCUCCAGACCAAGAUCGACGAGGAGGCGGCAGUCCGCGAUGAGCUUCAUGAGAUCGUUCAGACGUUAGCUAGGAAGGGCCGAUCUACGCAGGCGAUUCUGUCUAGGGCGCAUUCCACGCCUGCUGAGCAGUUGAAACCCGUCCUCGACGACGCAACUAGGGAGAUCCUCGCUCAGCGCGAUGAAGUCACCCGGCUGAAGAGCGUCGCUGACAAACAUCCCUUUUACAAGUACAAUGGGCUGUGGACUCGUGAGCUCCAGAACCUGGUCUCGUCGAUCGAGCUCUGCGCCUGGCUCGGUGGCUUCGAGGAGUUCAAGAGCUCCAGCUCGGCUUCGUUCUUGACUAUUGAGGAAGUCGGCAAAUUUCUGGACGUUCCCGUGAACCUCAAGGAGCAGGAUGCGUUCCAUCUGACGAUCGAGGAGUAUCUGCUUGCGUUGAUUUCGAUGGUUGAGGAGCUGUCCCGCUUGGCUGUCAACUCUGUCACUCUGGGAGAUUAUACCCGUCCGUUGCAGAUCGGCAACUUCAUCAAGGACCUGUUUGCUGGGUUCCAGCUGCUGAAUCUGAAGAAUGAUAUUCUGCGCAAGAGGAGCGACGGGAUCAAGUAUAGCGUCAAAAAGGUGGAAGACGUGGUGUACGAUCUGUCGUUGCGCAAUUUGAUUCCCAAGGGCGGUGCUGCGGCUUAAUUGGGCAAUCUUAAACUUACGUUCUACGAGUCAUAUCAUGUAAAGACAUUAAUGUUCUCGAUGAGCAUGUACCAAUCACAGCAUAAUAGACAAUCUCGCCCUCAG